AUGGAGGGCUUGGGAGAUAAUUUCCCUUCUGUCCAUCGCAGAAGUUUUUAUUCCUCUGCUCCCGGGACUCACCCAAGCCGGUCUGUACCAGGAGUAACGGUAUACACCAUUUCGGACAAACCAAACUCUCUUGGCUUAGAAUCUCUUAAACCAUAUUCACCUCUUUCUACAGUAGCCACAAAUGGAUCACUCACCUUUGGCUGUCAUUUGGGGAGCAGUUGUUAUGGUUGCACCAUCCCUGACAGCCGUCUAUUCCAACAGGGUGUGAUGAAACCAACUUCUCAGGCGUCUCUAUCUGGACACUCCACAGAUAAACCAAUGCAUUUCUCAGGGUUUUCAAGUUCCAACAUACACUGCAGUGAAAUGCAGUCCAGACUGAAAGACUUUGGUAAUGUUUACCAAGGCUACACGGGUCCUUACCCAAGAAUCCCUGGAUACAUUGAUGUACCUGUUGUAACAAGGGCUGGUCCUGGAGAUCCGAGGCAUGAGGACUAUCAGCAAUUGAACUGGGCUAAUAGUUGGAGCAAUCCGCUGUAUUAUGCCAGAGAACAGACCCAGGGCUCGCAAUUCUGGAAGUCAUCCCUCACAGGUAGGUUAUAUCUUCUGUAACCUUUUCUAUUAACUAUUAUUUCACCCACUUGAUGCUUAGUCUGUUUUUAAUUGACUUGUUCAGUUUAGCCCACCCGAUGAUUCCAGAAGAAUAAUAAACACAGUCUAUGCAUUAGCCUGAGAAAAAAAACUGCUAAACAAAUAUUGUGACUUUUGAUGUAACUAUGUUUUUUUGUGUGUCAGAAAACGUCCUACACAUAAAGACCACACUAUUAACUGUAAAUUACGUUUAGUGGUAAUAUCAUGGCAAAAUUGUUUUCCUCUUCUCGAAACAUGAACUUUCUUCUUGUGCCAUACGUGUGUAGAGGAAGCAGUAAUGAACCAGCCAGAUGUCAGCACUUUACACCGACGUGGGAGGAAGAAACGGGUGCCCUACACGAAACUACAGCUCAAGGACCUUGAACGAGAGUACACCAUUGGCAAGUUUAUUACCAAGGAGAAAAGACAACGGAUAGCUUCUUCCACCAACUUGUCUGAGAGACAAGUAACAAUAUGGUUUCAAAAUCGUCGUGUCAAAGACAAGAAGCUUAUAUCAAAAGAUAGAGACCUUGAAACUUCCUCUUGA